UGAGAAGAAAAGGACGUGACGUCACAGGAAGUGGCGUUUGUAAACUUUUCGAUCAGUCAGAGGUUUCGGGCGUUCUGAAAGAGCCGCUUCAGGUUUUCCGGGGAUGUUUUUCUGCAAAUAUUUUGAUUCCGUUUAACGGAGAAGUUUACAGUUGGAGAUUUGGAUGUGGGACUUUGGCAGAAUGGAGGAGAGGAAGAUGAAACGAAAAAGUCCAAGACCCUCGACCAAUCAGGCUGCUCCUCCGGUCACUGUCCGAAAGAACCUCCGGACUCUCGGGUGCCUUGGCACUGGCACCCACUCAAACCAGAAGUCAAAAUAUCGCAGAGGUGUGAGAGAGAAGCCGAAGCUACAUAGUCAGUUGAGUAACCAGUCUGCCUCGAUUCAGCACACCUUCCUCACAGACGUGUCUGAUGUGCAUGAGAUGGAGAAAGGCUUGCUUAGCCUCCUCAAUGACUUCCACUCUGGAAAACUUCAGGCCUUUGGCAAUGAGUGUUCCAUUGAUGAAAUGGAGCAUGUUCGAGAGAUGCAGGAGAAACUCGCUCGACUGCACUUCGACCUCAAUGCAGAAGUGGAUGACAUUCCUGUAGACCAGCGCAAACGUGCCAGUGAUACCAAUAUGGACAAACUUCUACUGAAUCUGGAAGAGUUGAGUUCUUCGAUACAAAAGCUAAACCUGGCUGAUAACCAAGAGACCCCCCGACCAUCCUCCAACAUAUGAAAUGUUAUGGUUCUGAUGUUCGUUGCAGAGCUGUUCAUAUAUCUGUUCUAGAGAAACAGCAUCUCAACCAGUAUUGUUGCAUUUGUGAACUUCUUGAACGGGCUUACUUUCACAGUCUUAAAUGGUACAUAAGCCAACAUUUUAUUACAUUUUUCAUCUAAUGUCUUACCCAUAUGAGUUUAUGACCAAUUUCUGUAUCUUUACUAAAUCUGAAUGUUGGAUCUUAAAUAUUGCCUUAUAAUUGUGCAAUACGAGAACAUUUGCAAUAUGCAUAUCACUGUUCACUUUAUUUAAUAACCAUAGUUCUUUUUUUUCUUUUCUUUUUUUAAACUUUUCAUACGUACAGAUUUUAAAUAUUUUCAUUGAACACUGUGUUUUGACAUUGUUAAUAGAAAGGUGUUGGCAAGAGUUUGGGAAGCAUGUUGCUUUUAGUAAAGCAAAGGAGUAUUUGCUUUAAUGCAGUGAUUGAGUAUUGCAGAGGAACAGGUUUGUGUGACAGACUAUUUGGUAAAAUCUUAUUUUUUUAUAAUAGUCUAUGCUACAAAUGUAUUUUAUUUAACUAUGAGGUGGUUUUUAUUCUAAUACAGAGUGUCCCAAAAGUCUUGGUGUAUUCCAGCAGCACGUCGGUUGUGCCUUCGUCAGUGGAUGUUCGUGGACAUCCACUUUUCGGUUGGUCCGCAACACUUCCAGUCUUUUUGAAUUAGUUAAUAAUUUUGGCAACAUUUCCGUGUGUGAUGUGCUCGCCAUGUUUCCUGUUAAAGUCCAUCACAACCUUGCAAAGGCUUCCCGUUCCAGCCAUGAGAAUGAUUUCAAUACGUUCUUCUUUUCCGAAAGGCAUUCUUAAAGGCUAUCUGGAAAAAAAAAAAAUUUAAACUAAGUAUGAAAACUUUUGGAAGACAUUUUACUAAAAAGUGUUAAUCUCCCCUACGUGUGGAGACUUUUGAGACAUCUUGUAUAAUUGGUUUAUUUCCAGGUGGUUUAUGUGGAUUAGUUUUCUUGAUGCCAUCAAUAAAGUUCAUUUACUUAUGACUCUAA